AGAGAAAGAGAAGAGAGAGAGCUCCAUGCCCAGAAAGCUUUUGGAGACAGGAGCAAGUUUUUCAGAGCCAAAGUGAACGUAGCUUUUGGCACGUUGAAACCACACUCGAUUGAUUCAUUGCCAUCGAGCCACUGAACCGCCUCGCAUUCCGCGAAUACCAAAAAGACAAUUAAAAGACCGCCGAAAAUGUUGCGAACCUUUGCCAUUCUGCUGCUGAUUGCAGUGGCUAUUAAUGCUAGAGCUGCACCACAGAAAUCCACAGAGGGAGAUAAUGAAGCUACCGAGACGGUGCCGGAGGAGUCUACCUAUAUAUCUGUAGAAGAUGGAACGAUCACGGUGGAUGUCGAUUCAGAUUUGAUUCUGACCACGAGCCCUGAGGGCGAGACGUUUACUGAGGCAGGUCCCGUGGUUCUGACGGAAGAACCACUUCCGGAUUCUGUGGUGCAGCAGUUGGAAAUGGAACGAGCUCAGGAGGAGCAGCUGAAGAAUCCCGAAAAACCGGAAUCGGAAGUGGAGUCGGAGUCAGAGGAGCUAGACGUAACGACUACGGAGCAACCAAAUCCAAAUAAUACAGAAAGCACCACCAAAAAGAUCUUCAAAUUCGGAGCAACCACCCUUCCUCCGUAUUUCAUCACAACUACUGGUAGUCCAAAAAUUAUCACCACCAUUUCACCACAAGUAGAAGUAACAAAUCCAUCCUCCGAGACUGAGGAAACUACCGAGUAUCAGGAGGUUAAGACCAUGAAGAACUACUUCGAACGGAAGCCAGCGCUAAUGGGAGACAUCGAUCUGGACAUGGCCGAGAACCGAAUGGAAACCACCACGCAUACACCAGCCCAGGAGCCUAUUGAACUGUCCAUGAUUGUGACCACCGAAGCCGCGUUGGUGGAGGAGAAUGUCAAGGCCAAAUCUGAAACUGAUCAGGCGGAACUGGUGGAAACCACUGUGGUACCUCUCUACCAAUAUUUUAACAAAGCAGCAAGAAUUGUGACAGAAUCCCAAGAUUACUUUACUACGGUGGUGCCGAGAAUCAAAGAAGAAGAGGUCGCAACAGAGCCAGCGACAGAGGAAACUACAGAGUUGCCAAGGGUUUCAUCCACCCCAAUACCUGAAACCACUACGGAGGCUGAGUUAACCACUACUCCAGCGCCUACCACAACCACCACCACAACCACUGAGACUGCUUUGGUCAUCACUAAAGUGGAAACACUGCUAAAUGUCCAGCCAGAGACGACCACCAGUGCUCCAGAAACCACAACUACACGUGCUCCGGAGACGACAACUACGAGUGCUCCAGAAACCACAAUUCCCAGUGCUCCAGAAACUACAACUUCCAGCGCUCCGGAGACAACAACUACCCAUGCUCCGGAGACGACGACCACAAGUGCUCCAGAGAUAACAACCACCACUUUCUCAGUUCCAGAAAGCACCACAACUGCUUCAACAACAACAAGUACCAGUAGCACCACCAGUGCUCCAACCACAACAACCACCACAACCACUACAGAACGACCCAUUCAGACGCGUGCUCCCCGGGUAGAGCGAAUCUUCAACUCGGACGGAGUAGAGGUGCUCUAUGGAUAUUCGUCGGUGGUCCGGACCAACCGUUCGUGAUCGGUUUGCACCACCGAGAACACGACCUUGUCAAGGUCGAACCACUUGCCAUAAUGCGGAGACGGGGAGACAAAGAGCGAUUGAAUGAUGAUCGGUUUGUUUUAGGCAAUUUUCAAUUCUAAACGAGUUAUAAACAAAAAUAUUUAAAUAUCAUUCGACGGACCCCAGCACAGUGUGAUAAACCAAAAAAAAAAAGAGAAACUGUUAAAGAAGAUAUCGAUACAGAUACAAAAUCCGUAAAGACAUCGAACAAAACAAAUAUAUUAUUGUGCAAAAAUUGUGUACGAUCUGCCAAAUGACAAAAAUGAAGAGAAAAGCUUGGAGUUAAACGAUUUUAUAAAUUAUAAAUAAAACAUGAACACCCAUCA